AUGUCAGGCGUGCCGCUACAUUUCCCCGCACCUUGGGAUUCAGUGCCUUACGCUGAGGUUCCCCUGAAAAUCUGGGAAGAAGGUGUCAAAGCAUUUCCCCAACACCGGCUUUCGUGUAGUGUGACUACUUCGAUUAUCAUCGAAGAGCAAAAACUGUACAAGUCGGAAGCGAAUACAUGGGUGUCUCAGGAUUCAUUCUUAGACAAAAAGGCGAAUUGGCAGGAGUGGACUUGGUCUGAUGAAGAUAUUGUUCUACUACCUCGACGGGCAUUCGCCUACGUCUUACGAGAGCGAAAGUUUACACGAAUCGACGUCAGAAGUAUUGAAUUCAAUACUGAGCAAGGCAAUCUUACUCUGGACCAAAUUCAGAUGAAGCCUGAACGCCGGAGGAUGAUUCGGUCAGCUGUUGCGGCACACUUCAGGAGUAAACAAGGACCUUCUACUUCCGAUCUUGAUCCCGUCAGAGGAAAAGGAAAGGGACUUGUAAUACUGUUACAUGGCGCGCCUGGUGUUGGAAAGACAGCGACAGCAGAAGCAGUUGCAGCUGAGACUGAGAGGCCGCUAUUUCCUAUCACCUGCGGCGAUCUCGGGUUCUCGCCUGCAGCAGUCGAAAGGUCCUUGAAGGAUAUUUUCCGCUAUGCCCACUUGUGGAACUGCAUUCUUUUGUUUGACGAAGCUGAUGUAUUCCUCACACAGAGGGAACGCGGUGGUGGAAAUCUAGAACGCAACGCUCUCGUGGGAGUGUUCCUCAGAGUCUUGGAGUAUUAUAGCGGGAUUUUGUUCCUCACAACCAACAGAGUCGGUGCUCUCGAUGAAGGGUUUCGUUCCCGCGUGCAUCUCAGUCUCUGCUACCCCAACUUGAGUCUCAUCGACACAAUCAAGAUCCUCGAGGCCAAUCUUCAACGUUUACCCAGAGUCAAAGAUGGCGUUGCGGGGGAUGGUUAUCUGGACGUCGAGGACGAGAGCAUAAUAAGGUUCGUCAGCGAUGAAUAUGAUGAGUAUUCCAGAAGAACACGCAGAAAAAGAGGUCCAUGGAAUGGACGACAAAUCAGAAACGCAGUGCAAAUAGCGGCAGGCCUAUCUCUUUACGACAAACAAAUCAAAUUGGAGAAAGGCAUCAAAGACGAAAGCCCAGCUACGCUGACAGCCAGACAUUUCGAGGCUGUUGCAGACACCACAGAUGAAUUUGAGGAGUAUCUCAAUAUUGUAAAGAUCGGGGAUCAGGAGGACCAGGCAAAGCGUCGCCAAGAGCGUGCGGAUCAUUGGCGGGCGAGAGAGAGAAACAAUGAAGACCACCCUGACCGAACCACAAGGCGACGCACGCAGAUAGCCAGAUACAGGGACUCUUCAGUAGACCCUGAAAUCUCUUCUUCGAGAGCUCGCCAAAAUUCAAGGUCACAACGUUCCGACGUAUUCGAUAGAACUCAACUUGAAAAUCGAAGACGCCAGGACGACAUGGGCGCAGGACGUGGAGCAGGCCGAGAGCAGCAACGCCCGCGGGGAAGCCGCAUGACUCGACCGGCUCAGGACGACUACCAUGAGGAUGACAAUGACAUGGAAGACGACGAUCUGCGAGAUCAAUAUGAUGAAGAAGAAGAACAGGACGAGUAUACCUAUGAGCGGCGCUCUCAGGGAGGAAGAACAGGGGCUGGAAGACAACGUUUGUGA